AUGCGAAUUUUCCAUUUCAACAACAAGUUUCCUCCAGAUGAUCUCUCGGACCUGUUCCGACGACUACGUUUGCAUUCAAAGUGCCCAAACCAUGUGGUCUUGGCCAGAGUGCUAGAGGAGGUAACAGAUGUCGUGCGAGAGGAAAUCACUAGGCUUCCGGCCGAAUUGAGAAGCCUGUUGCCUCCUUUCCAAUCUAUCCUCGAUCUUGCAGAGAGCUUCAAUUGGCAUCAAGGGCCCUUGUCAGGAACAUUCGAGUGUGUCUUUUUGGUACUUGUGCCGGUAUGCCUCUUUGUCGGAAAUUAUGAGGGUCGGCCAAAUGAGUUCAUCUUCCGCCGAGAUACAUCACUGUUUACUGGGCUCGGGCUGGGAUUCUUAGCCGCUACCGCAAUCGUAGCAUCUCCCUCUUUAUGCAACGUGCCAGCCACCGUGGCGGAGGUGGUGCGCAUUGCAAUGAGAACUGGUCUUCUGAUAUAUCAGAGAUCUCAGGACCUCGAACCACAAUGUCUUGAUGCCGCACUUGAGAGUUGGACCAGCAUUGUGAAAGGUAUGGGCGAGGUAGCUGUACGAGAAGGAAUCGAGGAAUACAACUCAUCCACAGACACUCCACAACCUAGUUCAAUCUACAUCAGUGUAGUUGAGCCUGACGGCAGUGUCUUCAUAAACGGUCCACCGUCUAGGCUACGCAAAUUCUUUAGCGCGUCAGGAAAGGUGCAAUCAGCUGCUCAUGCUCCGUUGCCUGUAUAUGGGGGCCCUUGUCAUGCACCACACCUAUACAACCACAGCCACAGUUCCUGGGCUGUGAAGCAAUGCCGUGGGAAGAUUUCAUCUCGUGAUACCUCCCAUGCGGCCCACCUUCUUUCCAUGGCAGAUGGUAACCCCUUAAAAGCGGGUACAGCAAUAGAGCUAUUUGAAUCCGCCACGUAUAUUCUAUUAACGAGCAUCAUUCGCUGGGGUGUUGUGGUGGAAGCCAUCACAACCUCGUCGUCACUAUGGGAGAAGGACAUGAAGCUGCAAAUUGAGAUGCUCAGGCCUUCUCCUGUCGUGGAUGGCUUAGUGUCUGCAAUUCAGAAUAGUCGCCCUGGUUGCACCGCCUGCAUAGUGGACCUUGGACAGUGGAUAUUUUAUGAUACUCAGAUUAAUCCACACGUUCCCCACGAAAGGAUCGCAGUGGUUGGCAUGUCUUGCAGGCUACCUGGAGGGGCUGACGAUUUAGAGUUGUUUUGGGAGCUUCUUAGGGAAGGGCGUGAUGUUCACCAGAAGGUUCCAGCAGACCGAUACGAUGUUGAUAGCCAUACAGACGUUACAGGCAAGCGACCGAAUACCAGUCAUACUCCGUUCGGUUGCUUUGUAGAUCGGCCUGGGCUCUUCGACGCCGGUUUCUUCGACAUGUCUCCUCGUGAAGCAGGACAAACCGAUCCAACCCAUCGCCUUGCGCUCCUUACGGCCUAUGAAGCUCUUGAACAGUCAGGUUAUGUUCCUGAUCGUACUCGAUCUACCAGACGGGAAAGAGUGAGUACGAUUUAUGGCCAGUGCUCUGAUGACUAUCGUGAGUGCAACGCCGGGCAGGAUAUCGAUAUGUAUUUCAUUCCUGGGAACUACCGUGCCUUUGCACCAGGGAGAAUCAGUUACUUCUUUAAAUUCUCAGGACCCAGCUUCAAUAUUGACACUGCAUGCUCGGCGAGUUUAGCCGCUGUUCAGAUUGCUUGCUCGGUACUCUCGCGUUGCGAGGCAGAUAUGGUAGUCGCCGGAGGAUUGAAUAUCCUCACAGGGUCAGAUAGUUUUGCAGGCCUUAGCAAAGGUUUCUUUCUGUCUAAAACCGGGAAUUGUCAGGUCUUUGAUGAUACUGCAGAUGGCUAUUGUCGUGCCGAUGGGAUCGGGUCUAUUAUACUCAAGCGACUGUCCGAUGCCCUGCAAGAUAACGAUAAUAUUCUCGGCCUGAUCGCAAGUAGCGCCACUAACCAUUCCUCCAAUGCAAUUUCAAUAACCCAUCCACAUGCUCCUACACAAGCCAAUCUUUACCGCUCGACCUUGAUGCAGGCUGGCGUUCGUCCACAAGACGUAGACCUGGUCGAGAUGCAUGGCACCGGCACCCAGGCGGGCGACGCCGCCGAGAUCGAGUCAGUUACGAAGGUGUUCAGUCCAGCUGUGCCACGGCGAUCACAGCCAUUGCGCAUUUCAUCUGUCAAGGCUAAUGUAGGUCACGGAGAGGCAGCAGCCGGCAUUACAGCACUGAUAAAAUCACUCUUGAUUUUUAAGCACAAUGAGAUUCCACCGCAAGUGUGCCACAGAACCACCUUGAAUUCUGGGUUUCCCGACCUUCGACAACUUAAUGUGCAUAUCCCCAAGGAGAUCACUCCAUGGCCACGUUUACCCAGUCGCAAAAGGUAUAUUAUGGUCAACAAUUUCAGCGCGGCUGGGGGAAAUACCAGUCUUCUCUUGGAAGAGCCCCCGGUUAGGCCAGACCCUAAGGGGUGUCCCCAAACAAGAUUCGUUGUUACUGUGUCAGCCAAGAGCACAGACCUUGUGUACACCACCACUGCGCGUCGUCUGCAUCACAAGUAUCGCAUAGUGGUGCAUGGGGACUCGAUUCAGGAGAUAGUUACAUCCCUUGAGCACCAUUUGUCCAUCGCAGAGGCUCAGUGUGCGAUUCAGAAAGCCCCAACCGUCGGCUUUGUCUUCUCCGGCCAAGGUAGCUUUUACCAAGGUGUUGGGCGCCAACUCUUCCAGGAAUACCCACCCUACCGGAAGGAAAUCCAACGUUUAAAUGAGAUAUGCACAUUUCACGGCUUUGACUCCAUCCUCCCAGCAAUCACGAGUCAAAGCUCAGAUGUACUUGAGAUUAGUCCAUUCAUGGCACAACUGGUAACAGUAUGUGUUCAGAUCGCCCUAUGCCGCUUAUGGAGAAGCCUUGGAGUGAUGCCGAAUGUUGUUAUAGGCGCGAGCCUCGGCGAAUAUGCUGCACUCUACGCUGCCGGGACCCUAUCAGCCAGUGAUGUUAUCUAUCUCGUCGGGCAGCGGGCCUCGCUGAUGCAGGAAUUAUGUACCAUCAACAGUCACUCAAUGCUAGCUGUCAAGGCGACGGUCGGUGAAAUUCGUCACACCGUGCGGAACAGCGCAUAUGAAAUCGCAUGUAUCAAUGGCCCUAGAGAUGUGACCCUCGCCGCCUCCGUCGAAGAUAUCAAUGACAUCCAACAGACUUUGGCGUCGCAGGGAUACCGAGUCGUGAAGUUGAAUGUGCCCUUUGCGUUCCACUCUUCUCAGAUCGAGCCCAUCCUGGAACCAUAUAGUAAGAUUGCCCAGUCGGUCAUCUUCCGGAAUUUAAAAACAGCACUCAUAUCUCCUCUAUUGGGUGACGUUGUAUAUGACAGCAAAUCAUUUUCACCAUCAUAUCUGCGUGAUAGCACUAGGGGUACUGUGCGGUUCGCUGAUGCAAUUGCAAAAGCUCAGGAGAUGAAGCUAGUGGACUCCAAGACUGUCUGGGUUGAGAUUGGGGUGCAGCCGAGUUACACCGGUGCUAUGCACGCAAACAUUCCGAACCUUGAGGUGAUGGUACCUAGCUUGAGAUCUGACGAAAGCAAUUGGCAUACGUUGGCUGUCAGUAUGUCAGCCUUGCACAGGGCGGGCGUUCACCUUGACUGGAACACCUGGUAUCGGCCCUUUGAGUCAGAACUACGCCUGCUGAACCUACCUUCGUACCAAUGGAAUUUAAAGAACCAUUGGAUUCAACAUAACGGGGAUUGGCUAUUGCUGAAAGAUAAACGUUCUAGGACAGGGCAUAAGAGCUUUCCAGCCUCUGCUCCCCCGUCCUUGCGCACCGCUCUCGUGCAACAAAUCUUGGAGGAAUCAUUCGGGAAGGAUGGUGGGAGCAUCGUCAUUCAGUCAGAUGUGACUGACGAUGAUUUCUUUGCCGUUGCUUUGGGACACAAAAUGAGUGGUCGACCACUCGUCUCGGUGUUCGCUUACACUGAUAUCGCUCUGACUAUGGCGAGAUAUAUGUAUUCCAGGCUAAAACCCGGAACACAGCUCUUGGCCAUGGACUUUGGUAGAGUCCGCGUCUUCCAGGGCUUAAUCCCCCGGAAGGAUAGGUCUAAGCCCCAGUACGUGCGAAUGUGCAUGCAAGCAGAUUCCAUGUGCUCUUCGAUGCCGCUGUCAUUGCAUCGAGUCCUGGACGAUGACACAAGUGAGGAGGAACUAGCCACUGGUGUCGUGACGUGUGGAGAUCCCCGGUCAUGGCGAGAAGAGUGGGCCGCUUAUUCCCAUCUACUGACAAGCCGUAUUGAAGCGCUGCAUCAGCUUGCAGACCAAGGGCUAGCAAGCCGCGUGUCAAAGGACUUGGUGUACACACUCUUCAAGAAUGUUGUUGACUACGCCGAGCAUUACCGUGGUAUUCAAUCGGUCAUCAUGUACGGUCUGGAAGCAGUUGCGGAUGUCAUUCUAUCACCCAGUCAAGAUAGCCGGUGGACGGCACCUCCUCAUCACAUCGACCCCAUUACACAUGUCGGAGGUCUCAUUCUGAACGCUGGACCAGCCAUGGACGACACCAACACAAUUUAUGUCAUGGAAGGUUGGGAAUCCAUGCGAUUCUCUGAUCUCUUGGCAGCCGGAGAGCUGUAUCGAUCGUACGUUAAGAUGAACCCUACCAGCGAUAAUUCCGGGUGUUUUUCCGGUGACGUAUAUAUCUUGCAUGGGGACCAUGUGAUUGGAAAGGUACACGAGAUGACGCUUCGCCCAUUACCUCGCAUUCUCAUGAGUCGGUUCUUUGACCCCCAAGACGGCCAGUGUGGGCAAACGGCUCAGCAAGAACCCUCCACUCGAGUCUCUCCAAUAUCGCAAGGGACAAGUUCAGCCACGACUACAGAGUCCACUCAGUCACAGAAAGAUGAUUCAGAAAACACGUCGCUCGUUACCUGUGAAAACGAAACCAAACCUCCAAUCUCGGCAUCCUGGCCUAACGCCAACAGCCAGCUUAUCCGUGACGCUAUAUAUCUAAUCGCGUCCGAAACUGGGGUAGAGCCAAACGCCCUGACGGAUGAAACUGAAUUUUCUGCGGUUGGGGUCGAUUCUCUUCUUUCGCUAGUAUUGGUGGAGAAGUUUGCCCUUGAGCUAAACGUUGAUUUGCAAGGUUCUUUUUCCCUGGAAACUCCAACCGUUAGUGAUCUGAAAGCGCAUCUCGAGGCUAACCUGAUGACUAUGCGCUGA